GUUGAUUAGCCCAACCCACAUACUUUACUCCUUACCUUGGCCGUCACUUGGAGGAAAGGACAAGGCGUCUGCCUUGCAAGCCGGAGAUCGCGUGUCCGGAUUUGCCUAGGGGAUCGGGCGACCCUCGCAUUAUCCUUAGCCUAAGCGCAGCGGGUAGUGGUUGCGAGGCAGCGAAGCGCCGGUACGGCGUACCGACAUUUGUUGUUGUACGGUCAUUGUCCUCACUCAAUUCUCUUUGCACUCUGUCACUUAGAUGCUUAGAUUGUAUCUUCGGAACUACUAUGGUGCACUUUAUCACAUCUACUUUUUCUAAAAUGCCAACAUUGCAUGGUGCUGCCUACCCUGAGUUAAGGGAUGUUGUCGUCAUCCAACCGAAGUUUUUCGGCUCCGAUUUUCUGGAGGUAAUCGAAUAUGAGUUGAAUUCACGUUUUGCUAAUAAGUUGGUUUACAAGGUCGGUCUGUGCAUUUCGCUAUGGGACGUGCUGGAGGUACGAGAAAGCUUCAUCUCUGAUGUCGAUGGCGCGUACCACACUUCCGUUGUGUUUAGGGUUGCCUGUUUCCGACCAGCUAUCGAUGAGGUGUUGCUGGGUACAGUCAAAUCCUGUUCCAAGACCGGCAUCCGAGUUUCGCUGAAUUUUUUUGACGACAUUUUCAUCCCAACCGAAAAGUUGCGUCACCCUUCGCGAUUUGAUUACGAACAGGGUUGUUGGAUAUGGGAAUAUGAUUACGAAGGCGAGACCGCCGAGUUACGGAUCGAUAAGCACGAUACGAUUCGCUUCCGAGUGGUAGAAGAAAUUUGGCGGGACCCAAAUCCAGCUGGAACGAAGCAGUGCAUCGGUUCAACGCAAGACAUUCCAGACUCAGUCGAUGCACUUGGUGAUGAUCAACUCUGUCAAAAUGCUCCAUACACCUUAAUCGGAUCUAUAGUCGCUGAUGGACUCGGAGUCACUUGCUGGUGGAUAAGUUGA